AACAUGACCCGUUCCUUUUUUUUUCUUUUCUUUUCUUUUCCUUUCCUUCUUCAUAAGCAACUUACAUUCAUUUCCCAUUCUCUCUCUCUCUCUCUCUCGUCAAUACUCUUCUCAAUCUCUUCAACUUCAACAAUAACCAUUCAUUUCUUUAAUUAUUGUUAUUAUUAUUAUAUUAUCACCGAUGGGGAAGCCGACAGGGAAGAAGCAUCAGCAUCAGAAUCAGCAGAAUCCUCCCUCGGCGACUUCACGGGCCGCCGGCCCAACUUCCAAGCCCACGCCGAAGCCCAAACCUGCCGCCUUCGACGAAGACACAGCGAUGUUCAUAACCAUGUCUCAGGAGCUUCGUGAAGAAGGCAACCGCCUCUUCCAAAAGCAGGACCACGAGGGAGCCAUGUUAAAGUACGAAAAAGCCCUCAAUCUUCUCCCACGCAACCACAUCGACGUCGCAAACCUCCGCACCAGCAUGGCCCGAUGCUACACGCGCCUCGGCCUCGGCGAGUACCCACGCGCCAUCCACCAGUGUAACCUCGCUCUUCAGGUCUCACCUAAGUACACUAGGGCUGUGUUGAAGCGUGCCAAGUGCUAUCAGGCUUUGAAUCGGUUGGACUUGGCGUUGAGGGAUGUUCGGGCUGUGUUGGGCCUCGAGCCCAAUAACCUUGCCGCCUUGGAGUUCAUGGAGGGAUUGAGGAAGGUCAUGGAAGAGAAAGGGUUGGUUCUUGAGGAAGAAGAGGAGGUAGAUUUUGAUUCUGGUGGUGGUGCCAAGGAGACGCCUGCUACGUGUUUGAAGAAAGGUUGUUGAGGAGAGUGCGGAUGGUGAUGCCGUGCAGGACAAGGAAGUGGUUAGCAGGAUGGUUGAGGUUGAGGAAGAGAAGGUUGUGAAAGAGGAGAAGCUGGUUGAGGAAGAAAAGGUUGUGAAAGAGGAGAGGCUUGUGGAGGAAGAAAAGGGCGUCGCAAGGACGGUGAAGUUGGUGUUUGGAGAGGAUAUUAGAUGGGCACAGCUUCCUGCCAAUUGUAGUGUGAGGUUGGUGAGGGAUAUAGUUAGGGAUCGGUUUCCGGGUUUGAAGGGUGUUCUUGUGAAGUAUAGGGAUGAGGAGGGUGAUUUGGUUACGAUUACUACCACUGAUGAGCUGAGGUUAGCUGAAUCUGCUGUUCAUGAGAAUGGCUCAAUUCGGUUUUAUAUUAGUGAGGUUGAUUUGGACCAAGAGCCUUGUUAUGAUCGAGUAACCAAUGAGGGUGACACCCAAGAAGACGGUAGUAAGAGGAAUCUGGGCGAUGGUGUUCAGAAUGGGGGUGUGGGACAAGAUACGGUUUUGGAAAAUAAUAAUAACAAGAUGACUGUUAUGGAGGAAUGGAUUUUGCAGUUUGCACGGCUGUUCAAGAACCAUGUUGGGUUUGAUUCAGAUUCUUAUCUAGAUUUUCAUGAGCUGGCAAUGAGUCUCUAUGCAGAGGCAAUGGAGGAUACGGUAACAGGCGAUGAAGCUCAAGAAUUAUUUGAGAUUGCUGCAGACAAAUUUCAAGAGAUGUCAGCGUUGGCAAUGUUUAAUUGGGGGAAUGUUCACAUGUCCAAGGCAAGGAACAGGGCUUUCUUUGCAGAGGAUGGGUCAAGAGAACCUUCUUUCGAGCAUGUUAAAGCUGCAUACGAGUGGGCCCUAAAUGAGUACAAGAAAGCUGAGAUGAGGUAUGAGGAGGCCUUGAAGAUCAAACCGGAUUUUUUUGAAGGAUAUCUUGCUCUUGGACAUCAGCAGUUUGAGCAAGCAAGGCUAUGCUGGUGUUAUGCGUUGGCAUGCAAAGUGGAUUUAGAAGCUGGUCCUUCCGAGGAGGUUCUUCAGCUCUACAACAAGGCAGAGGACAGCAUGGAGAAAGGGAUCUUGAUGUGGGAGGAGAUUGAGGAGCAGCGUUUAAAUGGACUAUCCAAAUCCGAUAAAUAUAGAGCACAAUUAGAGAAAAUGGGCAUGGAUAGGCUUCUCAAGGAUAUCUCGUCGGAUGAAGCUUCAAAGAAGGCAACAAAGAUGAAGUCACAAAUAUAUCUUUAUUGGGGUACCCUAUUGUAUGAACGUUCUGUUGUGGAAUAUAAGCUAGGCCUACCAACAUGGGAGGAAUGUUUGGAGGUUGCAGUCGAAAAGUUUGAGCUAGCUGGAGCUUCAGCAACGGAUGUAGCUGUCAUUAUAAAGAAUCACUGCUCUCAUGAAACAGCACUUGAAGGGUUCAAAAUUGAUGAGAUAGUACAGGCAUGGAAUGAAAUGUAUGAUGCUCAAGGCUGGCUGUUUCGUGCUCCAUCAUUUCGACUUGAAGCAUUGUUUCGUCGGCGCAUUCCUAAACUACAUUACAUCUUGGAGCAACUUUAAGUUUUCUUCUUCGGUUUUCUAUUCUUUAGAGGCAUCAUUAGUGCUUCCAUUAUCUUCAUAAUUGUGAAGGCUGCUUCAUCACAUUCUAAGACAGG